AUGGCUCAAGCGAGGGAGUUUCCUUUCCACGUUGUUUCUGCAGAGUCGACGAGUCCAGACCUCCUCAUGGCAGAAGCACCUGCCGUUGUCUCAGAUCAGCUCGACAUCUUCGGCAACAUGCCAUCGACCAGCAAACAGGUGUCGAGACCUUCGACUUCUUUGGAACCUAUCGUCGCAGACGACAGCUUCCCGCCGAGAUUGGAAGUUGACGACAAUAUUCCUGACUGCGCUCCUAUCCGUAUCGCACACAACUCUCUUCAGGGCAAGGACAGACAACCUAUUCCCUCUCCACCUCGUUCGUCUCGUCAUGUACCUCGCCCUAUUACCACCAUCAGGGAUCCGAUCUUGAGGGCUCCCAGUGGCGUGCAGCGUGUCUACCGCAAACCUCGCCAGCGAGUCCGCUACACCUGCCACGAAUGCUCUACACCCUUCCGCAGCCACGCCCGGAUGUGCGACAAAUGUGCUCACGAACGUUGUCUCGAUUGUCGCGACACACCAUCACACAAGUUGCAGAAGUCACGACCAGACCCAAGGUUGGUUGAAGCCGUCAACCAACGCCUCGCCAACGUCGGGAAGUAA